GCGUUUCUGGUGAGGAUGAGCAGCGACGUCCUGGACACGGCGCUGAAGCUGCCGCACGUGAAGUACAUUGAGGAGGAUGCCUACGUCUUUGCCCAGAGCAUUCCCUGGAACCUGGGCAGGAUCCUGCGGCCACAGCCCAGCUCGGGCUCCUACAGCACUCCCAAUAAAGGUGACCUGGCCGAGAUUUACCUGCUGGACAGCAGCGUGCAGAGCAGCCACAGGGAGAUCGAGGGCAGGGUGACUGUGACUGGCUUUGAGAGCAUCCCCGAGGAGGAUGGCACCCACUUCCACAGGCAGGCCGGACAGUGUGACAGCCACGGGACCCACGUGGCCGCGGUGCUGAGCGGGCGCGACGCCGGCGUGGCCAGGGGCGCCAACAUCCGCAGCCUGCGGGUGCUGAACUGCCAGGGGAAGGGCACCGUCAGCGGCACCCUCAUGGCGCUGGAGUCCAUCGGGAGGGCGCUGGAGGCUCGGCCGCGGGUGGUGCUGCUGCCGCUGGCCGGAGCGCUGAGCCCCGCGCUGAACGCGGGCUGCCGGCGGCUGGCACGGACCGGAGCGGUCAUGGUGGCGGCUGCCGGCAACUACAAGGACGAUGCCUGCCUCUAUUCGCCUGCAUCCGAGCCGGAGGUCAUCACGGUGGGUGCCACCGACAGCCAGGACCGGCCUGCCUCCAUCGGCACCCUGGGCACCAACUUUGGCCGCUGCGUGGACCUGUUUGCCCCUGGGGACGACAUCGUCGGCGCCUCCAGCGACUGCAGCACGUGUUUCACGGCGCGGAGCGGCACCUCGCAGGCGGCCGCGCAUGUGGCAGGCAUCGCGGCCGUGCUGCUCAGCGCCGAGCCCCGGCUGAGCCGGGCCGAGCUCCUCCAGCGCCUCCUGCGCUUCUCCACCAAGGGCGCCGUGGACACGGCCUGGAUCCCGCAGGAGCAGCGCCUGCAGACGCCCAACAGCGUGGCGGGGCUGCCCGCAUGGCUGGCGGCUGAGGAGCAGCGGCUGCUCUGCCGCUCCGUGUGGUCGGCGCGCUCGGGGCUCUCCCGGCGCUCCAGGGCCGUGGCUCGCUGUGCCAGCGCCGAGGAGAUGCUCAGCUGCUCAAGCUUCUCCCGCAGCGGCGGCCGGCUGGGGGAGCACAUGGAGGACAAGCACGGGCAGAGGCAGUGCGUGGCCCACAGCGGGGGCCAGGGCGUUUAUGCCAUCGCCAGGUGCUGCACGUGGCCCAGGGCCGGGUGCCGGAUCAAGGCCGGAUCCCCGGGGGCCGAGGGGGCCCAGUGCUCCCCAGGAGAACACGUGCUGACCGGGUGCAGUUUCCACUCCCCAUCCGUGGUGCUGGGUGCUGGUGGCAGGCCCAAGGAGGGGCUGGGGAGGGGCCCCAGCCGCUGUGCCAGCAGGACAGGGGCAGUGGCACACGCCCUGUGCUGCCCCAGUGCCAGCCUCGAGUGCCGGCUGCAGGAGCGCACGGCCCUGGAACACGAGGACAAGGUGACAGUGUCCUGUGAGGAUGGCUGGACACUGACAGGCUGUAGCACCCUGUCCCAGAGCUCCGUGGGAGCCCACACUGAGGACAAUUCCUGCGUGGCCACCGCUGGCCCUGGCAGCAGCUCGGCCGUGGCCGUGGCCAUCUGCUGCCGGAGCCGGCAGUAG